CAAACAUCAACGUCAACAGCGCGCCUUCUCGCCUUGCCUUGCCCACCUCUUCCAGGUUAUGUACCUCCUGCGAAGGAAGGAACGUGGGUACGUAGCGGUGAUCAAGUAUGCGGGGUGCAGAUUCCAUCUCCGUUCUUUUCCAUCUUUUCCCGUCCCCUGCUGCCAUGCUUUGGGUCGACUCUUGACUCAGUUCGCGUCGUGGACUGCCACGGUUUGGCCGAACCAUCAUGUCAUCCCUCCGGCCAGUGAGAGUAAAGACACGAGAAACAUGCAUACAGAAAGACCGCUCGCACACAGCCGGCCGGCUUCAACCCCGAAACUCUGAAUAUCCCUGCUCCCAUCUGCGGCCAAUGGACCACUGACCUCGAGUCUGUCUUUGAUACAUUGGGGCUGACUGAUUCCCCGCCAUCCAUCCAUCCUUUCCCAUCGUUCGAGUCGGCCCGGCCUAAUCAGCGUCGAUACCAGCGAGCGGCCAUCGCGCCCUAGGACCAACCAUGGGUCUUGACCUUGGUUUCCUGCGCUGCUGCUGCUGAAGCUGCCUGUUCUACCUUGGCAGCCAGAGGUAAAUCGUAGAACCGAGACUUGAGGUCCCUGGGACGCAGGUCACUAACGCAGCCGCACCAUGACGAUGACAUCGUUUUGUUAUCCACACUAGUCAGUCGCCUUUCCCACCACCACUCGAUCCGUCGCCCAUUACCCCACAGACUGGCGACGAGCACACGAGGAGUACAUCUGGGCAGGUAGCCGCGACAGAUUUAGCGGCAACGCCUUGUUCUUCGUAGAGCUUGCCUGGGGUUGGCUGGCGUGCCCCGGCCCCAUGUUGGUUCGGGACUAAUUGACGGGGUCCCCACUAUGGGAGAGAUGAUGCCGCUAGUCGGAGGAAUUAGACGUAUGUAGUUCCCUUUCUUGGCUUUCUAUAUAGACUACGUCUGUUGCCGUUUCCCCGAACAAUCGCAGUUCGAGACAAUUGUCUUUUGGUCUAGCCGAGUCCAGGGUAACUUUGGUAUUCAUCGGGAUUGGGAACACACAGCACGGGUUCCAGCACUAAUUCUUCGACGCUCGGCCCGCAUCACUGUUUGCUCUUCACCUUUUCUUUCACUUUCCCUCUCACCAACUACAACCACUCUCACCAAUUGACGACAUCGCACAACUUGAUCGAUUCCUCAGACCGAGCCUUUCAUCAUGGGAUGGUUUGGCUUGAAGGGCGGGUGGCUCACCUUUUGGGUCACCAUCGCCUGCGCGACAGACAUGACACUCUUCGGCUACGAUCAAGGCGUCUUCGGCGGCGUCAUUGUAACAGAUGACUUUCUCCAAACGAUGGGCAUUGUCGGCAACGACAAGCUCCAAUCCACCGUCACCGCAAUCUACGACAUUGGCUGCUUCCUCGGCGCAAUUUCCACAAUAUGGAUCGGCGAGCGCCUCGGUCGCAAGAACACCAUCCUCGUCGGCACCACAAUCAUGUCCAUCGGCGCCAUCCUGCAGACCGCCGCUUUUGGCCUCCCGCAAAUGUUCGUUGGCCGCGUCGUCGCGGGUAUCGGGAACGGUAUCAAUACCAGUACCGCGCCGGUGUGGCAGGGCGAGACGAGUAAGGCGAGUUGGAGAGGCAAGUUGAUUGUUAUCGAGAUGAUUAUGAACAUCUUUGGGUUCUCACUGAGUAACUGGGUCACGUUUGGCUUCUCAUACCUCACCGGCUCCAUCUCAUGGCGCGUUCCCCUGGCCUUUCAGUUCUUCUUCAUCUUCAUCCUCUACGGCACCGUUCCCUGGUUGCCUGAGUCACCUCGCUGGCUCAUGGCUCAAGGCCGCGUCGCCGAAGCCGAACAGAUCCUUGCCGACCUCGAAGACAUGCCUGUCGACGAUGCUUAUAUCCAGACUCAGUCCAAGGACAUCCAGUGGGCCAUCGACUACGAAAGAGAGAAUACCGUCCCCUGGUCGGACCUCCUCCGAGGCCGGACCGGCGAGUCAUCGGGAACGUCCACCAUCCGGCGUAUAUUCCUAGGGUGUGGAACCCAGGCCAUGCAACAAUUUUCCGGGAUUAAUGUUACAAGUUACUAUUUGCCUCUCGUUCUCAUCAAUUCUGUCGGUUUGGACAAUAAACUUGCGAGAUUACUGGCGGCGUGUAAUUCCGUCAGUUACUUCUUGUUCAGUUUGAUCGGAAUCCCCAACGUGGAGAGGUGGGGAAGGCGAAAGAUGAUGAUGUACGGUGCCUUUGGCCAAUUCAUGUGCUACGCCGUCAUUACCAUCUGUAUUCGUUACAAUGAAAUGGCUGGGCUGGCACCAGAGACGCAGUCCCAGUGGGCAAAGGCUUCCAUCGCCUUCUUCUUCUUGUACUAUGUCUUCUUUGGCAUUUGCUGGCAGGGUGUGCCUUGGCUGUACCCCACCGAGAUCAACAGCUUGUCCAUGCGUACAAAGGGAGCCGCUCUCGGCACCGCAACAAAUUGGAUUGUCAACUUCAUGGUCGUCGAGAUCACACCACCAGGCAUCUCUUCCCUCGGCUGGCAAUUCUACAUCAUCUGGACAGUUUUCAACUUCUCCUUCAUCCCCAUCGUCUAUCUCUUCUACCCCGAAACAGCAGACCGCUCCCUCGAGGACGUGGACCGUUUCUUCGCAGACAACCACGAUAUUUUCGUCUUCCGCGACAAGGACGCCACGAGCUCUAAGCGGCCGAUGAAGUACAUCGCGCAGGAGGAGGAGGCGAUUACGAAGCGGAACAGUCGGGGCGGUGUGCCCGGUGCUGAGGAGGAGGAUAUGCUGAGGCGGAGAGGCGCUGUGGAGAAGAUGAAGAAGGGGCGCGAGGAUGAAGAGCUGGCCUUUGGAGAGCAUAAGGAGAGGAGAUAGGUGGGGUCUCACAUGUUUGUUGGUGGAGUG